GCCGUCAUUUUCUCACUAUCAUCUUUAUUUUAUGUUUUUUAAAAUGUAUAUUAUGCUAGUGCUAAAUAAGCCACUCUCGAAGCCGAAAUCUAUACUCCCAACUGAUAUUGUGCAGGCACUGGAAAGGAAGACGAACUGUACUAUCAGUCGACAACAGCAGGUAUGGUGUGCUUUGGAUUUGAACAAUACUCAACAGAAAUAGUUCGGCAACUGAAUAUAUGCGACUCCAGGAUGCACAUGAACUUUUCCAGAUUAUUACGUCUACAUUGACUUCGGAAGAGGAAGAGCAGUACAAGGAGGCACCAACUUCCCUAUUCGAUGCCUCCGCCGUGCGAAAAUUGGCUCUUGAAAAAAAUACAUUGCCAGUGUCAAAUUCGAUGCUUGAUAGCUUAGAGACCUCAUCCAUGUCCUCGGUUGGAACACUGGGUUCCAUGUGGAGUUCCUUUUCCGUGACGACGGUUGGCGGCCAUUUACGACCCCGGGUACGUCGGCCUCGGAAUCCCUUUACGGGAUUGGCAGCUAGCAAAGUGAGCUGUUUAAAAUGCGGUUAUACAGCCGCUAUCCGACACCAUACUUUUGACAACAUUUCACUUACUGUUCCACAACUAAUAUCAUGCACUUUGGAAGAUUGUUUCAGCCUAUAUACAAAAGUUGAUACAUUGACAGAUUUUCAAUGUCGUCGCUGUGCGAUUACCGACACUAUCACAACGCUUAAAAAAGAAAUAGAGGCAUCCAAGAAGAAGAGUAGAGAAAGUCCAAAUGGUAAAGAACCCACCGCUGCAAAAGUUGCAACUAAUGGUGCGAGUGACCGGGUUACCAAAUUACAACAAGAUAUCGAGACUUUGGAACAUGCGCUGAGAACAAAUGUUGAGCAACAGCUGCCAAAUAUUACGUUGACGCCAUCUAAACUCCCCACCCGAACUACAAAGCAAACUAUGUUUGCAAAUCCCCCUAGAGCACUAUGUUUGCAUUUGUCGCGAUCGGUGUAUCACCCUUCUGGUCAUGUUCAAAAAAAUCACUGUCGUGUUCGAUUCUCGGAAGAGAUUGACUUGGCACCUUUCACUACCAACGGGUUUUUGAAUACCGCUGAUCCUCAGUCCUCUUUGUCGACACCUCAACCGUCGUCGGCCUCUACCAGCCAUGACGACUCACAAAACAAUGGCAACAGUUACGUCAGUAGCCGAAGAAAUUUUGUCUACUUGCGAAAUAUGGCGCUGGGACAUCGAUCUCUUGCUGGUGGAGACGGUCUUAAUGUUGCCUUGGGGAAGAAGCCCGUGGAUACCUUUCGUCCUAGUUUCUCAAUCCCAAUACCCACCACUCGACCUGUCAAAUAUCGAUUACAAGCUAUGAUUGUCCACUAUGGAAGCCACGAUAGCGGCCACUUUGUCACCUUUCGACGCAAGAGACUACCCACUGGCCAUCAAGUCAUGCGACCUGGCGAAACCCCGCCUCCUGAGGAACCCAAGUUUUGGCGUGUCAGUGAUGAUAGCGUUGACGAGGUUGAUUUGGCUACUGUGCUAUCCAGUGAAGCCUACAUGCUGUUUUAUGAGCGAGAGGAGUGAAAAGGAAGUUUUAAAAAAAUAACACCAAUGAUCAAGCGUUCAGUUAGCGAAAACAAAUAAUCCCUCCCCCUUUCUUCUCUCUACUGAAGUAGUAGUGUCGUGGUAUUUAAUUGAUAUUCUUUGAACAAGAAGCUAUAAAACGGAAAUGCUUGAUAUAUUUAAAGCUUUUACUUCGAUUUGAACCUUCCUACACUGCUGCUAUUAGCAACAAUGCAUGAUGAAAAAUGAAGCCAUAGCAUUCACCAACCCUCAGGCCGUUGCGUGUCAAUUGUAAUGAUGCUAUAGUUGUAUAUUUCGUUUAUAUUUUUCUACUUGGUAACUAA